CUUCAUUCACUCAUCACUUGGAUUGACCGUCAUGGCAAGCGUUCUUAGACAGCAGCAACAGCCAGCAGGGAGUGGUGGUAACAACCGCGUGGUUGCCGUGAAUGCCACACCUCCCAAUAAUAUCCUCCAUAUUCAUGCUGAUGCCUUCUCAAAUCACGAGAAAAAAGGGUGGAAGAAGUUUCUGUCAUUUAUAGGGCCUGGUUUUCUAGUCUCUCUCGCUUACCUUGAUCCUGGAAACUUGGAAACUGAUCUCCAAGCUGGAGCUAAUCACCGAUAUGAGCUGCUGUGGGUGAUACUUAUCGGAUUGAUAUUUGCUCUUAUUAUUCAGUCAUUAGCUGCAAAUCUUGGCGUAAGCACAGGGAAACACCUUUCAGAGAUAUGCAAAGCGGAGUAUCCAAGACUCGUGAGGUACUGCUUAUGGUUACUAGCUGAGCUUGCUGUCAUAGCCGCAGACAUUCCAGAAGUGAUUGGAACGGCGUUUGCACUGAACAUACUAUUCCACAUCCCAGUAUGGGGAGGAGUUCUAGUGACUGGGUGCAGCACUCUGUUGCUUCUUGGUCUCCAGAGAUUUGGGGUAAGGAAGUUGGAAUUGCUGAUAUCAACGCUGGUAUUUGUGAUGGCAGCAUGUUUCUUUGGAGAAAUGAGUUACGUGAAACCACCAGCGUCUGGUGUCAUAAAGGGCAUGUUUAUUCCCAAACUCAGUGGUCAAGGUGCCACUGCCGACGCCAUUGCCCUUUUAGGUGCCCUUGUCAUGCCGCACAACCUCUUCCUCCACUCUGCUCUGGUGCUGUCUAGGAAAGUACCUAAUACAGUUCGUGGCAUCAAUGACGCGUGUAAAUAUUUUCUGAUAGAGAGUGGGUUCGCACUGUUUGUGGCAUUUCUGAUCAACGUUGCAGUUAUUUCUGUGUCUGGCACUGUUUGCUCAGCUUCAAAUCUUUCUUCGGCAAACACUGAUCAUUGCACCGAUCUCACCCUUAACUCUGCUUCCUUUCUUCUCAAGAAUGUGUUGGGAAGGUCUAGCUCAACGAUUUAUGCAAUAGCACUAUUAGCCUCAGGACAAAGUUCCGCUAUUACUGGAACCUAUGCAGGACAGUACAUUAUGCAGGGUUUCUUAGACUUGAAGAUGAAAAGAUGGAUUAGGAACUUGAUGACUAGGACCAUUGCCAUAGCACCAAGCCUUGUUGUCUCCAUUAUUGGUGGCUCCUCCGGCGCCGGUCGACUAAUCGUCAUCGCAUCGAUGAUACUUUCUUUUGAGCUUCCGUUUGCUUUAAUUCCACUCCUUAAGUUUAGUAGCAGCAGUACCAAGAUGGGACCUCACAAGAACUCUAUGAUAAUAAUUGUCAUCUCAUGGAUCCUAGGAUUGGGAAUCAUAGGCAUCAAUGUGUACUACCUCAUCACUGCCUUCGUGGAUUGGCUAAUUCAUAAUAGUUUGCCAAAGGUGGGAAAUGUGUUCAUUGGGAUCAUAGUGUUUCCUCUGAUGGCAAUCUAUGUCGGCUCAGUUAUAUACCUAACAUUCAGAAAAGACACUGUUCAGACAUAUAUUGAGACCAAGGAUAACACAGCAAUGCAAACCCAUGUGGAAAAGGGGUUCAUGAAUUCUAAUGGUGAGUUAGAGUUGAACCAUGGCCCUAUCAGAGAAGAUUUAGCUGAUAUCCCACUACCGGAAUAAGUGACUUGAGCUAUGUAUGUAUGAGUCAAGUGCAACACAAUUCACAACCAAUAAGAACUUCACCACUUCACACUGCUUUUUAGGCCAUUUAUGGGGAAAGAGAAUCUAAAUGUUGGAUUCUCAAAAUACAUAGUUGAAGGUUAUUGUAACAAUAAGACAUUAGAGAGCCCUCUUCCCCAUUUAUCCAUCGUGUGCAAACUAUAUGUACUUCAGUACUAAGUUACAAGUUUAUUGUUUACAUGUUAUUGCUGAACUAUACAAGAAAACUAGUUACUGGUGUGAUACUGUUGUAGUGACAAUUUCUCCUUUGAAGAUCAAGGAAAAACUGAUGUUCUUACAUUGUGUA